UGUGUCUUUAUGGGAAAGUUGGUCAAAAAGGCAGAGCAAAAACUUCCCACAAAAUCAACACUAAACAGCUGAGCUGGAAAACUAUAUUUUCGGGAAGUAGCAGGUCCUGAAUUAGCGUUUGCAGGCGCUUCUGCUAUUGUUAUUGUAGGUUCAAUGGGAUCCGAAAUCGAUUUAAAUCAAUAGUUGCAACUUUUUCCUCUUUGAACACUUGAAAUAGCCUAUUGUAGCCUACUAUGGACUACGCAGUUGAUUUAAUCUGUUUCUCGUUUUCCGGAUACUUGCGCUUUGUUAUUCUAUGUUUGUUGCACUUCAAGACGUUCGGCCAGUUUGGAGCUCCGGAGUGUUACGCGAGGGGCCAUCGCACCUUAAGGAACCCUUACCGUAGCAUUGACUUUGACUCCAGUGAGCUCCAGAACACGGCCAUCCAGGAGCUCAUCUGUGACCACUCGCUGUCCCCAGGCUGGUAUCGCUUCAGCAUCAACAACAAGCCGGCAGAGAUGCCCACCAGCUGUGUGGAGAUGAACAGGUGUGGAACUCAGGCACCAGUGUGGCUGUCUCUGAAGGACAGCUCCCUGCCUCGGCCUGGCCAGGUUACCCAACUCUCAGCCUGUGCCACCUGGCAGUUCUUCCAGGGCAGCACCAAGGACUGCUGCCUCUUCCGCAUCCCUGUCUCGGUACGCAACUGUGGGGACUUCCUGCUCUACUACCUGCAGCCCACCCAGGGAUGCAUGGGUUACUGUGCUAAAGUCAUUUCAGAAUUUACUCCUAAAUUCUGCCCGUCUGCUCAGGUGGAAGUUAACGGUCGAUGCAAAGCCAACCUCCUACCACUCUCCUCUAAGCCUGUAAUCACCCCUGAGCUGGUGGGCAACAGCGUCCACCUGAGAUGCUCCUUCAGUGGGGUGACCUCCAGCCCACCAGUGGGCUACCUGGUAGUGUGGGCCAGGCACAUCGGCCCCAAUAUGAAAGCUGAGAUCAGGCAGGAUUCCACCCUGCAGACGUUCUCUUUGGUGGAGAUGGAUGGGCUUCACUUCAGACUGGGGGAAACGUUUUCUUGCAGUGUUUCUACGUUCCGGGGCAACUACACCCACACACGAUCUGUGGCAAAGGAGAGUGAGGGUUUCUAUGCUGGAAUCAAGUUCUCUCCAGUUGUCCUCCACAUUGCAGAGGACAGUAAGGAGCACCAGCUGACCAUCCACAGCACCGUUCCCAUACCCUGUCAUGGCCCCCAGCCCAGCCACUACUGUGGAGUCCCCCUCACUCUGACUGUCCACGAGCCAGACAGUCUGAGCGCGGAAGCCCCCAACAUGGUCCUGUCCACCUGUCAGGUGACACUGCAGUCCUCGCCGUGCGGGGAUGACGGCUGUGGCCAUGCCGGCCUCCUGCUCACCGCCGUCUCCGACUUCACCCGUGACGGCAACCGGGCCAGCCUCGUCAGCAUCCAUCCAGGCCCCACUGCCCCGCGCCUCUGGAGGGGCUACAGCCCUGCUCCCCUUAAGGUCAUAGUUCAGGAUGUUCCCACUGCCAACUGCUACUCCCUCACCGAUCCCCACAUCAUCACCUUAGAUGGGAGGCGCUAUGAGAACCAGCAGACGGGCACAUUCGUGCUGUACCGCAGCCUGACCAGAGACUUUGAGGUCCAGGUUCGCCAGUGGGACUGUGGGAGCCGCCACUACGCUGUGGCCUGCAACUGUGGCGUGGUGGCUCGGGAUGGAGACCAGGUGGUCACGUUCGAUAUGUGCAACGGGCAGCUGCAGGAAACCAGGCCCCGCCUCUCUCUUAAGAACCUGGGCCCCAGCCGGGCGAGUCGCAUCCAGAUUCUGGAGUCCAACCAAGGCAGGAAAGUCACUUUGAUCUUUCCCUCCGGGGCCUUUGUUAGGGCCGACGUCCGCGAUUGGGGAAUGAGCUUGUCAAUCAGGGCGCCCAGCGUGGACUUUGGCAGCACACACGGCCUCUGUGGGACGUUCGACAGGAACGGACAAAAUGACUUCCAUGGACGCGAUGGAAGCACCUAUGGCAGCAACGACCACGAACGCUUCAUUGAAGACUGGAGGAUUGCCCCUGGAGAGAGCUUAUUUGACACCACGCCACCACCUCAAGUAUCCCCGAAGAAGAGAAGGCCUUUCUGCCAGUGUCAGCGGGGAUACAGCGUGUCUCUCCAUGCCACGGAAACUGCAGACAGGCGUUUUCCUCCGCAGACCGAGUGUCUCUCUCAUGACAAUGUGGAUUAUGCCUCUGUGUUCCCAUCAGUGGACACCACGUCUGAGCACACCGAGAGUUCCGAAGAAACCGUCAUGGAUCUGUCGUCCGUCUUACAGAGCCCAGCUCUGCCUGUGGAGAAUUGGCCUUCUAGGAUGCACAGGGCCUUUGAAGAGCCCAGAGCUGAUAGCGAGCUGGAUAGAAUGUUCAGGGAAGACUUUCUAGUAGCGGUAGACAGGCCUAAGAGACAGGCCAUGUACGAGUUCCAGCCCAUCUUCACAACCCAGAGCCUGAGUCAGACAGACCUGCAGAGCCUUGCUUACUUCUUCCCCGACGACCACUUGUCGGGACCACGGCCAGCGGUCCAGCCCGCUUGGCCCACGCCCAGUGGCCUGACCUCGGUGAAGGCUCUGGAGCUCUGUCAGCUGGCGCUGGCCAACUCCACGGUGGGCACGGUGUGCCAGAGUGUGCUGGGCAGGCGCCUGGAGGAGGCGGUGCACCUGUGCAUCAUGGACCUGCAGCUGAAAGACGACCUGGCCUGGGAGGAGGCCCUUCUGCCUUACCUGGAGAACGAGUGCGAGAGGAGGCUUAUGGAGAACAGGACCCUGCGCGCCCUGCAGCUGGCUCCAGGACCCCUGGGGGCGUCCGGAGAGGUGGUCACUGCUUUGCGCUGUCCCAACUUUUGCAACAACAAUGGCGACUGCACAGAGUGGGGCUGCCAGUGCUACUCUGGACACAGCUUUUACGACUGUAGUCUUGCUAUCAGCCAGCCCGUUGAGCUUACCGACCUGGAGAACGGCGGCCUCUGUGACAUCCGGGCGUUCGACUGCCGCACCGUCCGCGUCUUCGGCCUGGGAUUCAUCGACUCGCCCGACCUCGGGUGCUUCGUCGCGCGUCUGACGUAUGUGAAUGGGGAGUGGGUUUCCGGAGAGACGCAGAGAAGCCGGGCCACCUUCCUGAGCUCCAAAACCAUCGACUGCACCGUGCCCUCCCUGAGCAGCGUGGAGGACCACACCCUCGAGUUCAUGAUGGGCGACAAACCCUACGCGCGCUGGGAGAUUAAGGUGACCAAUGACGGGUCCCACUACACUCAGCCCAAGGUGCUGACAAUCUACGAUGGCGUGUGCCAAGUCUGUGAGGCAUCUCGCUCUGGACUGUGUAAGUUAAAGGAGAAGACCUGCAAUAUAGAUGGGAUGUGUUUUUCCGAAGGAGACUCCAAUCCCACAAGCCCAUGCCUCCUCUGUAAUCCUGCUACGUCAAAAUUCACAUGGUCUUUGAAUCAAGUCAAUCAGCCCCCAGCUUUCCAUCAGCCCCAGGACAGUCUCUAUACCUUCGCCGGCGAGAAUUUUGUGUUCCAGUUGACGGCGGCGGACCCGGAGGGCUCGGCACUGCUCUUCCAGCUGGAGGUGGGCCCGCCAGACGCCGCCCUCUCCCCCGCGGGCCUCCUCAUCUGGAAAGUCGAUCGGGAGGAGACGCAAGCGCGCACCUUCAAGUUCACGCUGUCGGAUGAGUGCAACGCCCAGGGCAGGUACACUGUGGAGAUUGGAGUGAAGCCUUGCGGAUGUUUGAACGGAGGAAAGUGUGUGACGGACGUGACUGUUCCAGCUGGAAGCGGCGGGUACUUGUGUGUGUGUCCUGAGGGGCUCCGUGGAGACCUGUGCGAGAAGAACGUUGACAUCUGUCUAUCCGGCCCUUGUGGUUUGGGGGUGUGUGCUAAAACAGCCCAGGGCUUCAGAUGCCAGUGCCCUCAGGGAUUGAGAGGAACAACUUGUCGGGAGGAUGUGAACGAGUGUGAAAAGAUGCCAUGUUUCCCCGGUGUCCAGUGUUUCAAUAGCUUUGGAUCCUACUGGUGUGGAAGCUGCCCCAAAGGCAUGCUGGGAGAUGGCACCACAUGUGCAGCUCUGAAGCCAGUCAUCCCCAGCACUGAAACCCCUGCCCCUUUAACUGUCAACAAGAGGCCCAACACCAGCCCCAACCCUCAUCCUCCACCCAGGAUGCACACGGUCAGGCCCAGACACCCACAGAGCAGCACAGUGGCUGGGAAGGCCCCGGCUGUACCUCCCCCUCCUGGUCGUGGUCGUGGCAUCGGUCCUGGGUUGGGCCAGGCGCUGAACGUGACAGCCUCCUGUGCCACAAGGCCUUGUUUCCCAGGAGUCCAGUGCAUCGAUCGUCGUCCACCAUACGUCGGUUAUGUCUGCAGCCGCUGCCCUCCAGGUCUCCACGGCAACGGGCGAACAUGCACAAAAAACCCUCAAACAACUGGCCCCAAGCUUUCUCAGCCACUGAUCCCAGGCAAGAGCAGUCGAUCCCAGCACAACCGCAGUCAAGUCUUCCAGGUACACCUGCCUGUGAUGCCCUCCAGGCAUGGAGUCAAACGUCAGUUCAUGCCUGUCUCACGGCCCUAUCAGAACCCAGCACGCCCAGCCACCUCCCCCCCCCAAAGACCUGUGACGGCGAGAAAAGAGGUCACCCUGCCAUCUAGACACACACCUGGUUCAUCCGUCAAUGCCCUCCGCCUCACCACGGGCACCCGUCACGGUGCCCACCCCAGGAUGAAUGCCAAAGUGGCACAUGACGGUACCAGCACGACUUCCUUCAAGGUGACCCCCAGAGAGGCUGGCGGAGGCAUGCUGAGUGUCAACUUCGCCAAGGAGACGGAGAGCAGCCGGCAGACAGCCCAGCAGAGCCUCAACACGGCGAGGCCCACCUUGACCAGGCCCUGGACCCCCCCAAAAGCCGUGGCCCCGCUGACUGCGGCCCUCACCGCCUUCUCCUACUCCCUUUCCGAGGCCGAGUUCUCCGCUGACGGAGAUCUGACAGGGCCGGACUCCGACCCUCCAGAGCCGCCCCAGCCCCAGCCGGCUCUGACCCUCACCACCCCGGCCAGGCGGGUAACUCUCCCAGGCCAUUACACCUCAGCCUUCCACCGGGUCUCACCUCCAUUCCCCAGGCCCAGGACCAGUGUGACAGAAAGGUGGCCGCUCUCCUGCGCUGACCUACCCUGCUUCCCUGGGGUCCAGUGCGAGACCACCAAAGAUGGGCGUUUCCACUGCGGAAGAUGCCCCCUUGGUUACACCGGAGACGGACAAGCAUGCAGAGCUUUGUGCAGGCAUGCGUGUGGCAGGAACAUGGAGUGCACGGCUCCCAACACAUGCCGCUGUAAAGCAGGCUACACCGGCCUCAACUGUCAGACAGCGAUCUGCAAGCCCGUGUGCAAGAACACGGGCCGGUGCGUCGCCCCCGGUGUGUGUGAGUGCGAGAGAGGCUAUCACGGGGAGACUUGCGAGGAAGCUCUGUGUUCUCUGCCUUGUGAACACGGUGGCACCUGUGUGGGGCCACAUACCUGCUCGUGCCCCUACGGCUUCGUCGGACCCAGAUGUGAAACCAUGGUGUGUAACCGACACUGUCACAACGGAGGUGAGUGUGUGUCCCCGGACGAGUGCACUUGCCUGCGUGGGUGGACUGGACCCUCUUGUGAAUCAGCUCUGUGUUCCCCCCUGUGUCUGAAUGGAGCAACGUGUGUCCGCCCGGACACCUGCGCUUGUCCGCACGGCUUCUACGGGGCCCAGUGUCAAAACGCUGUGUGCAGCCCGCCCUGUACCAACGGGGGCCUCUGCAUGCGCAACAACGUCUGCUCCUGCCCCGAAGGAUACACCGGGGGACGCUGCGAGAAGAGUGUGUGCGAGCCCCUGUGUGUGAACGGAGGGAGGUGUGUCGGCCCUAACGUGUGUGACUGUCCGUCUGGCUGGAGUGGGCAGCGCUGUGAGAAACCCACGUGUCUGCAGAGGUGUUUGAACGGAGGCGAGUGUGUGGGCCCUAACACCUGCCACUGCUCCCAGGGAUGGCAGGGCAUGCUGUGCCAAAUCCCUCUCUGCGAACAGAAGUGCCUUUAUGGGAGCCGCUGUGUCCAACCUAGCGUCUGUGCGUGCAGAAAGGGAUAUUCAGGGCCGCUAUGUGCCAGGAAGCUUCCUAUUCCGAGAGGCUGAUGUACCAACUUUGAACAAUGUGCACUGAAGAACCUGGAGCAUACGUCUUUACAGAGCCACUUCCCAGGGAACUCCAGUAUAUCUAAUGCCAUUGUCAUUUUGUACUCUAAAUAGUAGAAAUACAAUUUCCAAAGUACAUUAUGUAUAAAGAUUAUAUGUCUAAUGGUAUUGUACAAGUCAACAACUCAAUUUCCAUUAUCUUUUAAAAAAUGAAACUGUUAAACUAUUUUGGUCAACAAAUAUUUGUCACACAAAUUAUGUCAUAUUGUGAUAUCGUAAAUAUUCUGUGUCUGUAGCAUUAAAUGAAGCAGACCAACAUACAUUUACAAACAGGAUGACUCAUUUAUGAACCAAUAGAUCUUGUUUUAUAUUAACUUAUUUGGUUUUGAGAUUAUAUUGUGUAUUGAAGUGUUGUAUACAGUAUGUCCUCCAUAUACUGUAUGUUUGUUAUUUUUUAAUAAAAGGGUAAGUGUGUUAAAAUUCAUAA